AUGGGUCUAAUAACGUUGCUCCGUGCUUUGAGCGUCGUCAUUUUGCACUGCUACGUGCAGUCCAGCAGUGCCGUGACCAGGAACGAUCGUAUCUGGCCCAUUGGAGGAACCACGAGCGUGGAUCUCCCCCAGUCCUCACCAUUUGGCCCCAGGCUUCAGAUCAGCAGAGGCAGCAAGUAUGACUAUCAUCGUGGAGUGGAUAUACCAGCUAUUCUCUACAGCAAUGUUUAUGCCGUGGCUGACGGCAUAGUUAGGAUCAAUGGAUCUCAUCCUGCGUAUUCAGAUGGUGUGGUACAGCUCAAACACACAGAUUGGGACGAAGGAGGCGUGUUCUAUACCAACUACAUUCAUGUGGUGAUGAACAAAAGCGGACAAAACCCCAUUACUCUAGCUAUAGGUCAAUCUGUCAGCAAAGGACAGCACAUUGCCUACAGCAAUGGUACAUCGUCUUUAGAUCACAUUCAUUUCGAAGUGAGGGUUGGAUCUGUGUUCAGCAGAGAUUGCUGCAACCCCUGGAAGUACAUGCCAAACAACGACAGUGACUACUCGUCAAUUGAAGCUGAGCUAAGUCUCACACCAAAUUACGACAGUAUUGACUGUCAGGCUGUUGUUAUUGUGAGUGUGCCCCCAAAUCUACUGACCUUUAAUCGCGUCGAACUGCACAUCCUGGACAGCUCAGACACACCGCAGAAAGUCCGGUUCUACGACAUGUGUGGAACUAACGUGAACCGUACACAGGGCCAAGUUGACAACUCAACCUAUCAGGACGACCCUGAUGAUUACUCCUCCUCCUACCUCAUCCGCAUCUCUCCCAUGUUCUUUAAUAGCAAAUCAUAUGAAAAGAACGAAAGCGCCGGCUGGGGAUUUGAAUUUGUAGACCUCCCUUCGCUCUCUGGAGGUGGGAGAGUCAUGGCCAUAAUAUUUGAUGUGUUUGGAAACAGUAAAUCAACAGAGUAUCUCAGUUACACCUGUUCUAAUGGAACCACCACAGCUCCCACUACCAGCUCUACCACACCCACCCACUCCACCACACCCACCAGUUCAAGCCCAACACUAGCUGUGGCGGCUACACUAGGAACAAUCUGCGCAUUUGUAGCUAUAUACAGUAUAUAA